AUGGCGCGCAACAAAGAGAAAGCCCAGUCGAUGCUCCAUCGUUUCCGAGAAGCGCAAGCUAUCGAGUUGGGUCUGGGGUCUGGAGCCACUGGUAGAGGACCGGGAACGGGAGAUAGGAGACCCAGAUUGGCUAGUUCGGUCAAGACUCUGAAAGAGUGCGAGAAGUGGAGGAGCGAGGUGUUGAGGGAGAUCAGUAGAAAAGUCAGCAAGAUUCAAGAUUGUGAGUGAAUGACGUCCAAAGUGGGGCCACGUAUGCUCAGAGAGGACUCCAUGAUGGCUGAUGCACACCAAGACAUGCCGCUCUCUACCUUGCUGUUAAUGCUCCCAGUCGGUCUGACAGACUACGAGGUUCGAGAUCUGAACGAUGAGAUCAACAAGCUGAUCAGAGAGAAGGGUCAUUGGGAGAGCCAAAUUGUCAACCUGGGUGGAGCUAACUACAGACGGGGAGUUCCGAAGAUGCUUGACGAUUCCGGCAAGGAGGUGCCAGGCACGCGAGGUUACAAGUGAGUUGCGGAUCUGUGUAAGGAUUCUGAAGCUCCGCAUGUACACCGCUCCUUUGGGACUGAAUCACUGUUUCUUCGCAGGUACUUCGGUCGAGCCAAAGAUCUGCCAGGAGUCAAGGAGCUCCUCUCUCGCACGCAAGCAGCAGAGGAUGAAGCUGAGUCUUAUCGCGUGUCUCGGUAUCGACGCUUCCUGAAUCAGCCUGGUUCGUAUUACGGCGAUGACGACGAAGAAGACUACCCAAGUGCUGGUGGCUCAAAUCUGCUGGAAGAGGAAAGAAAGGCUGAAGAGGCGAGGUGGAGGGAAGGAUGGGCCGACUUGCUGGAAACUUUGGACGAGGAGAUGCCGAACGACGGAGUGAGCGCUAUUCCUGGUCUGCCAAGCCAGAGACCUAAGAGGUGGAAAGACAUUAUCAGUGCGGGCGGACUGCAAGCCUCACCCGCCACGCUGGCCGAGGAGAGCACGUCUACCGAAGGGGCGGCGAGCGCGCGAGGCAAAAGGAGCACAGCGGGCAGGCCUUCCGCCUCGGGCGAAAAGGGUGGAAAGAGGGCCAAGGGUGAGGAUGGAGCACCGCUAGACGGCUCCGAGGCGAUCGCCGAGAAGACGCAAGAUGUUGAGAUGGCUGGUGCUGGUGCAGAGAUCUCAGCUAGACCGCCCGAACAAGCCAUCACUGCGAACGAUGCUUUCUUCGACUUGCUAAGUGCUUUGGACAAGGAUGAGCUCAAGACACCAAGCGUACCCGAUAGAGGCGCCAUAGAGCAAUUACUUCUGAGGCAGAGGAAACGAGCGCUAAGGGAACAGUGUGAGUUGUGUCCGCUUCUAUCUGAUGCCCCGCCGACAAUGCGCAUCCUCCUCACUCUUUGCACUUUUCCUCAGACAUUGGCUGA